GCAUUCACCUACGUCCCAACCAAUGUCACAUUAUCAAACUGAUCGAAAAUCAUUCAAAGACAAGAGAGGACAUUGGUGCCUAUGGCUCAGCAGGUAAACUCUGUUUUCUUGCCUUGGCUUAGCUUAUGGGUUGUUAAAGAUGAAUUUUACCAUUUCUUGUUUGAAUGGUUUUUGAAAGAGAUGAUUGGGAUGCAAUGCAGGGAGAAGGGUGGCCAUUGGGACUGCGGCCCUUGAGUUUAAGGGUAGUGAGGAACAGAGAUCAUUACUUGGAGGCAUCAACAUCAUCUUUCAACACCACUUUACUUGGUGAUUCGCCUGCUGCUUCCUCCUCAGUUUCCUCGGCCUUUGACACAGAGUCAACAGGAUCGUCAUUCUUCCUAGACAGGAGCACAACACUUGGAACCCUAAUUGGGAUCACAAGAAUUAUGAACCUCUCAAGAAGAUCAACAAGAGAAACUGUCAUAGAAACAGUGGACAAGAAGCACAACUGGAGUAGGUGUUUCUCAAUGUGCCCUACAAAGAGUACUGAUGCAGCUGACAUGACUUCCAUAAGAAGCCACAAGGCCGGCGCACCUCUUGGCCAUUUUCUUGCUGUGGAAAGAAGUGAUGCUAAUAGAAAUGAUAGAAUUAUCCAUCACAACCCUAUGGUAUAUGGCCCUGAUGAAUAUGAUGUAGGGCAGAAGGAUAUUGAGCCGAAUUCGCUUUUCUCCGAUGGUCACAUUGCUCCUCCUCAGGUGAGCAAAAGGACUAUGGAGAGUGAAAAUGAGCAUAGCGUUCCACUUGUAUUGUUUCCAUGCAUUUGUGGUUAGACAUUGUACAAUCUCAUAAAGUUUACUAGCUACUCCCUCUGUCCCACAAAUUUUGCGAGAUUUCCUUAUGUCACCAUCCCAAAAAUGUUUUCAAUUCUAUUUAGAGUAAGAUAUAUUCCGUGUGUGAUUAAAGUGAUUUGUCUCUCCUUAAUUGAAAAAGCAAAAAGGAUUGCAUAAA